GGCCCUGAGAGAGCUGCAAGAUGGCUGCCUCCAGCCUGAGGGGGUGUUGUUUUCCCGCAGCCACGGCGCUGCUGCUUUUCUUGAGCCGUUGCAGUUCAGCGCUCGGUCAUGGAGUGCAGGAUCAAGCAGAACAAUUUUUUAGAAGUGGACAUACAAACAAUUGGGCAGUUUUGGUGUGCACAUCUCGAUUCUGGUUUAACUAUCGCCACGUGGCCAAUACUCUUUCAGUUUACCGAAGCGUCAAGAGACUUGGCAUUCCUGAUAGUCAUAUAGUCUUAAUGCUUGCAGAUGAUAUGGCCUGCAAUCCAAGAAAUCCAGCUCCAGCCACUGUAUUUAGUCACAAAAACAUGGAACUGAAUGUCUAUGGAGAUGACGUGGAAGUGGAUUACAGAAAUUAUGAGGUUACUGUGGAAAAUUUUUUGAGAGUGUUAACGGGCCGAAUCCCAGCAAGUGCACCUCGCUCCAAACGUUUGCUUUCUGAUGACAGAAGCAAUAUUCUCAUAUAUAUGACAGGUCACGGUGGGAAUGGUUUCUUGAAAUUUCAAGAUUCUGAAGAAAUCACAAAUGUAGAACUUGCUGAUGCCUUUGAACAAAUGUGGCAGAAAAGGAGGUACAAUGAAUUGCUGUUUAUCAUUGAUACAUGCCAAGGAGCAUCCAUGUACGAACGGUUUUAUUCUCCCAAUAUAAUGGCCUUGGCUAGCAGCCAGGUUGGAGAAGAUUCACUUUCUCAUCAACCAGAUCUUGGCAUUGGAGUCCAUUUGAUGGAUAGAUAUACAUUUUACGUCUUGGAAUUUUUAGAAGAAAUUAAUCCAGCCAGCCAGACCAAUAUGAAUGACCUGUUUCAGGUGUGCCCUAAAAGUUUAUGUGUGUCAACACCUGGACACCGGACAGACCUGUUUCAGAGAAAUCCCGAUAACGUCUUGAUAACUGAUUUUUUUGGGAGUGUACGAAAAGUGGAAAUUACAACUGAAACAGUUUCUCUGGAUCCUAAUUUAGCACCUGCAGAGACAAGGCCUGCUAUGGAUGAAAUAGCAACGGAACCUUUAAAAUAUGCAGAACAACUUCCAGUAGCGCAAAUAAUACACCAGCUCAUUGAUAGAACAUGUGUUGGAGGUUCCAGGUUCAACUUUUGACAUCCUUAUGUCAUG